GGACCUUGUUUCUCUUGGUCGGGCCCCUGGUCUGAGCUUGCUGGCCGGUUAAGCAAGCCGUGCACCUAUGCAGCCCAACUGCCCUACUGGGCACACGCUACUCCCUAUGACCACUGCAGUAGCACCACUGGCAACCUAUCACAGCAGCCACAGCAGCGCUACCCCGGGUAGGCAGUCACAGCAAACCACAGGGGGUUGGCGGUCACAGCAAACCACAGGGGGUCACAGCCACGGCCACAGCAAACCACAGGCAGUUAUCGAGGUCCUCAGCUCCCCUCCUUGGAACCCUGCUGUCAAGCCUAUUGCCAGGACCAAAGCACAAAAAGCAGAUUGCACUAUCGUAAGGCAGACAGACUGCAUAGUUCACGUAGAAGAAUGUUAACAGUAGAACAAGCAAAGCCCGCCGGCAGGACAGAAUGAGAUCGAUCGAUCUCAAGGAAUCGAUUCCUUGGACCGCGACCGCUCUUAAGAGAUCGAGGAAGUGUCACUCAUAGCCUCAAGGCAGAAGUUCAUUGUCGAGCCAAGGUGCGUUAAAAUGCGUAGCGCGCGCCAGCGCUGAAACCUCCUUCUCCGCGUUGUUUCCUUCUUGCGUCGCGCGUUGAGCUGAAUGCCCGGGCCUCUGCUCAAGAGCGGCCACGAGGAAUGAUGGAUAAGCUGCCAGUAACUAAUCAAGAUGCCUACGCCGUCCCAAUGCCUCCCGCACAGAGAUUCGUCUCCGGACUGCACGCUUGCGCCAGCAAGCCCGACGCCAGGCCCGGCAUACACUUCAAGGGCUUCCACGCCAUCAGGACAGCAAGGCUGCCCACCAAUGGCCCGUGAUGGCCCAUCUCGAGCGGAGCUGGACACUGAUGCACAGCGUCAUGACGUGCACGACCUCGCGGCAGAUGCCGCUGCCAAUGCCCAGCGUGACUCACUGGCAAGUUCCAUGGGUGAGAACGCUGACGAUGAGGUGGACAGUGGUCCGGCUCCUCCGCCUCUGGCUCUUGCACCCAUACCGCAACUGGUGGUGGUGGCGGUGCCAUUUGCGGUGCUGACUGAACCGCGCGUGCUGGUGCCGAUGGCGGAGUACCAGCUCCUCAGACAGCUCGCGGCAGAGAGCAUCCACCAGGACACAACCAUCUCACAGCUGCAGGCGCAGCUAGCGCAGGCGCAGCUGGAGGCGCAGCUAGUGCAGGCACAGCUAGUGCAGGCGCAAGCAGCACAAGCCCAGCAGGCGCACGUGGCGCAAGCCCCGGCCCCGGCGCCGCCAGUGCAGGCCCCGGCCGUCAACGGCCUGCCCGUGCCGUCCAGGCAGCGGUUGUACAUGGGCAGGUAGUGCAGCCAGGGGCUCAGCUGCAUGCAUGGCAAAGAGGUGCGUGUUAUAUCUUAUUGUCUACCGUGAUUCAUAAAGGGUUUGCCAGCAGGCUGCCGCUGUGAAUGGCGCCUCAAAUUUGUAUUUGCCAUGCUGUAUGUUCCGAAAGUAGGUGGCGGUAGAUGUGAAGAGGCACGCAUAGGGUUGAACAGGGGACUUGCUUGUCCCACUGCGCACGCAAGAGCAUAUGCAUGCAGGCUUUGCCGCCCAAGCUCACAGCGUGCAGUCGCGCAUAUGGAUAGCAGAAGACAGAUGCAGUGCAGGGAUGUUUCGAAAACGUACUGCAGUGUAUGCCAAUACCGUAGAUAGCAGGCUUGUUUGGCAGAAAUUUGUUUUGACCAGCAGAGCCACGCUUGGCACAAUCUAGGCAAGCAAUAGGGUUGGCUGGCUUUGCUAAUGUCACUGGACAGUAGCCCCUCCUUGUGCGUGGGGUGCGGCGCCUGGACGAGGGGGCCGCGGGGGCCUAAGAACCCGAGACCAGACCAGGAGAAAUUGAUAUGGCAGGGGUGUGUAGUCUGCGUCAGGUGAAGGGAGUCCAGCAGCACGGACUGGUGCAUCGUUUCGCAUGGUGUAUGAUGGGUCAAGCCAAGCGGGCAGGAUUGCAAAAAGCAGGACAAGCGGCAAUCGUAGUGCAGAGCAAUGCGAGGGUGUUAGCGAGUUGAAGGGAGCUGUAUGUGCGCAGGUGGCACUGGGAUUGCUGGAGGGCGGCGCAAUGGGCUGUUCUGCUGACGCGCUCCUCUCGUGCUCCGGGUGCCCGGCCAGGCGGCCAGGCCAACACAAAGAUUACAACGCCCCGCAACCACGAGAUACACGAGAAUUUUUGGAAAGGGUAUUGUUUGGCAGGGCGUGCGUGCCGCAGCUUAAUGGGCCGGCCUGCGUGUUGGUCAGAUAGCGGUUGAUUGUUGUCUCUUGUUGGGUUGGGUGUGACACCUUAAAUGCCGCGUAGUGAGCUUUGAUAACCCGCGCUAGGGGCGCAUGUACCUGGCGAGCUUCUGUGCGAGAGACGGCUAGUGUGGCCUGCGAGCUAGUGCCCCGCUGGGGUGGGCGGGCCUGCAUGUUGGUGGGCUGGCUGCUGCUGCGUGUGGGCUCGCAUACAGUGCGCCGCUGGUGUCUCUAUCUAAAGUUUCCGUUUGCCUGUUUACAAUUGGCUGGGUUUGCGUGUUGCGCGGCAUGGGUGUUCUUGCGUGUUUCGUGUUGCGCGGCAGAACGCUGCUUGGCACCGACACCGAUACGCACUUGCAGUCGGGCCCCUCUCCUGGACAUUCGCGGGCCCAAAUCUAAAUAGCUGUACGCGGUAUGCAUCGUUUCUUCCAUCACAGCACCGGCUCCUGCGCUUGACUUGAGCUGGAGCGGGCGUUUCCUUGCGCGCGUGCAAAGGCUAUGUCAUUACCGUACGGUAUGUGAUUUCUCCUGGGAGAUCUCCCGACGCUAGAAGAAAUCAAGGCGCGAAUCCCGGCAGGGGCCAUUGUCUCAAACCCCUGCCUGUGGGUGCUUGCAUUCCAAUUUUUCAAGAAGACGCGCCAGUGCGCAGGUUGAGGCCCGGCCGGUGUGAUUUAUUGCUGCUUGGUCUGUUGCCUGCUGUGCUUGUGGUUGGCAGCGGGACUUGGCUGGACACAUGGCGGGCUGUACGUGCCUUUGAAAUUGACCCCGCUAUGUUUGGGAGAUGAGGUAGACACUUACUUGUGGCCAUAGACGGGAUACAUUAUGGAAGACUUUUUGUCCUGGGAGACCCCACGGUGUACGGUAGGUAUGGGCGAUGUAAGGGUGAGGGACCGGCCGCAAUUAGGCGCACACACCGCCUUUGCUUGUUUUUGGUGUACACGCGCGGCGCCAGUAGGGCGGCGCAAGCUAUCGGCGAGCAUUUAGGGUGUUGGGGCACGAGGGCAACGGCGGCUACAGUUUGGGGGCUGGGAUAGUUGCUGCCCGGGCGCGGCUGUUGGCUGGACGGGCAGACCGUCGAUGGACCGAAGGGCCGGGGACCGUCGGGGACCUAGAUGGUAAAUGAUACCUAGGCCCCUGAACGGCACGGUACAUAGCCCCAUUGAUGCUGCUUUUCGCCCCGGGCGUAUUAAUAAGAACGGUGGUGAGAGACCAGGACAGUGUUGCAAGAGGUGCGUGCCUGGCACAGUCCGGUUGCCUUAGACCUGCAGUAAUGUGUAAGGUGUUGGCGUC